GUGCGCGCUGGUCAUGAAUAGCUGAUGAACAUGGCAAGGACAGCUAAAAGGACAGACGAAGGCAAUGAAUACCGCGUAGAAAUAACCAUAAUGGAACAUACAAACUAUUUUUAGGGCGCGACCGAUUGUUUAUUAUCGUCACGCUUUAGUCUGUGACCUUGGGAUUUUGACAGAUUCGUUUAGAACGGGGGAUUUGGAAUCCUACAUAUCCGUCAUAUACCGCAUUCACUUUGCUAAGGUCGAGCCCACUUAGCAAUGGAUUUUAUCCUGAGCGGGGCAGCUGCCUGCGGGGCUUGCCUGUUCACAAACCCACUGGAGGUUGUCAAAACUCGGAUGCAAUUACAGGGAGAGCUCAAAAGCCGGGGGACAUACCAGAUUUACUACCGCAACGUUUUCCACGCUUUUUACACUAUCGGCAAAGUAGAUGGACUCGCUGGUUUACAGAAAGGUUUGGUACCGGGACUUGUCUAUCAGUUUUUUAUGAAUGGAGUGAGGCUUGGGUCGUAUUCAAUCAUUGAGUCAUCUGGAUACAUCCACACGGACGGGAGGGUUAGUGCAGCCAAGACCACAGUUGCAGGGGCUGCGGCUGGAGUAGUUGGGGCAGUGAUGGGAAGUCCCAUCUACUUGGUGAGUAUUGCGCAUGCCCGGCAUCAUGGGUUAUCGUUUGUGUGUUUACACUCAUGGCUAGUGCGUGAUCGUAUACAGAUGUAUUUAAAUGUCUGGCCUGUACUUUCUAAUGCUGAAAACAUCCCCAAUGUCAGAAUGACAUUGUCAGUGGUGUAGUCUCUAGACCAGCGGUUCCCAACCUUUUCCCUUCCGGGGGGGGGGGGGGGGGGGGGACGACGACGACGACGACGACGACGACGAUGAUGACGACGACCAAAUCACCGUCAAAAGCUCUUGAGGACCACCAUUCGCUGAGUCGCAGAAUCGUUUAACUUGCUGCUCAAUUUUAUCAUAAAUGUAACAGAUUAAAGGCUUAUUAUUAUUAUUAUUAUUAUUGUUAUUAUAAACAAUUUGCAUUGUGAAGUAAUGUAAAAUUGCGUAUAAUACCAUUAAUACUCCCAACUAUUAUUAUUUUUUGAAGAAAAUGAAAUAAAAGAUGAAAUAAAAUAAUCGCGGACCACUUGAAACCACUGCUCUAGACUAGAGGACAGUUGGUGAGAUGAGUGAAGGCUUGACAUUCCUGUUGUUUACAUCACUCAGGUGAAGACUCACAUUCAGAAUCAGGCCACUUCCUCUAUAGCUGUUGGACAUCAGUAUCAACAUCAGGUAAGGUCUAGUCCUCAAUCAAUGAAAUAAAUCACGUUUGUCAAAUGUUCAUAUACAUUGUAACUACUGUACUCACCCCUUCCAUCCAUUUCUACAUUUUACUCCUCCUACCCCUCCAUCUCUCUACCCCUUAAUCUCUCUGUCUACACUUCCAUCUCUCCUUCUACCCCUCCAUCUCUCACCCCUCCAUCCUUCCCUCUCUCUCUCAGGGGAUGGUCCAUGCUCUGGCAGCGAUCCACAAGCAGCAUGGUAUCCUAGGCCUGUGGAGGGGCUCCAGUGCAGCUGUACCCAGGGUCAGCGUGGGGUCAGCUGCUCAACUCUAUUCCUUCGCUGCCUCCAAGGAGCUUGUCAUCGACCUACAGGUCAGGACGUGUUGUUAAGACAAUUCUCUUGGGACAGACGGUUAACAUAUCCUAAAUUGAGUAGCUGUCCAGUGAGCAUGGGAUAUUUGGUCCUGUGAUGCCAAGAUUAGUGUGGUAGUAGGAUAGAUGGAGGCACACAUAGUCUACAGGAUCAAAAGAGGAGCCUAGACAACUAGCUGUCUGUGUCAGGGAUGAAGAGGGACGCUAUCAGGGAACCGGAGGGGUGAAAGGACCAAUAUUUAAUUGUUGCCUGCUAAAUCUAAUUUCAGAGAGAUAAGUAGGCAUACAUCAAUUCAAUCAAUCAAUCAAUAUCUUUGACUCUGUUGGCCUAUUCCACCAUUAGGUCUAUGCCCCCUGAAUGUUGGCUGUUUUUUGUUUACAAAACUCCACAUCAAAGUCAAUUUAUAACAACACAGAUGUUAUUUGUGUUGUAUAUCAUAGAGGACAGAGGUAUUUGGGCAAUUCCACAGUAACGGAAUUAUGCUUUGACGCCGAAUUUUCACUUUAAAUGUAUGCCAAACAAAAAACAUUGAUUAAAAAAUUUAGCAAACCAUACAAGGAUUACUUUGAAAAAUGUACACAGAAAAUUUAACUAAAACACAUUUACUGGAAGAACUGUGCAAAUGCAAAGAUUGGUAACAGAAUUACAGUAAAAUCUCUAGUUUUUUAUCUGACCACAUUUUCCAAAAACUCUGUUAACCCUUUACACUCGUACUGGUAUGCGAGUUGAAAAUGACAGAUUUGGGCACUGAUAAGAGCCUAAAUUGGAACACAGUGGCUGUACAGUAACAUGCUAUAAAUUAUGGCAGAGCUCAGGUCUCCGCUUCACAGCUCUGUAUGGGUUUUGAAUGACAGCCGUUCUGAACUUGAGCACCGCACGCAACAAAGAAGUUGCCCCCAUCUCUCCCGGUAAUUGGGCAACUUUUGCAACUUUUUUUGUUGUCUGAGUGAGCGAAAUGCUGAAACUAAAGAGGACUGUAUGCAUUUUGAAAGAUGAGACAUUGAGGAUUAUAAUAAAUACCAGUUUGAUGUAAUACAAGCAAGCCAAACACCCGUGAGUCCAAAUGUGCACUUCACAUUUCCAUAUCAUAAAACUCACGUCAUAUACAAUGUCAACGGUUAUGAUCAUUAUGUUUGAUGUACAGUUCCAAGAUGACAUGGCGUCAUACCCUGGGUUGUUCUGAACAGAAUGAGCCUGUUUGUCUAUUGUGAAGAAAAUUUGCUGUGGAACAUGCACCUGAAUGCACACAUUAAUCCUUUCUAUGCACGUACAAAUUACAAUUAGUUUCUCUGAAUUGCCUUGUGAAAGCCUAACACUGUAAGAUCAUAUUUUAUAACUUAGCUAGUCAUGUUGGCAAUAGAACAAGCUUUCAAAUGAUGCCCACCUGACCCAGAUUGCGAUUUAUAAUGGGCUGUUUUUGGAUUGCGUAAACAACAACAGUAAUUGUGUGAUUGCAGGGUUGUGUUCCAAACAAAACAACUACAAGUGUGCUUGCUCUAGUUCCUCAAUGGCACAGCUAGGAGAGCUAAAAAAAGAAUAAUAGCAACUUAUAGUUAAUUACUCUUCUUUGAGUCAUAAAAGGGCAUAGUAAUUACUUAGUAACUGUGCACACUUUGGAGAGAUGUGUGGCCACCUGGAGACACCAGUUAGUCCUCUCACUCAAACGCUUUUGUCUUAUGUUGCACACACCCCACAUUUUCCAGGAUUAUUUUUAUCAUGUUACUGAAUGUAUCCAGAGUGUUUUCUGAUUUCAUUAUCAACAAAUGUGGCGAAAAGUACAGUAAAUCUAAAAUGCACAUAAAAUCAACAGUGUAAUGUUUGGAUUCAGAAUUACAGUGCAUAUGGAAAGUUUUCAGACCCCUUGACUUUUUCCAAAUUUUGUUACGUUACAGCCUUCUAAAAUUGAUUAAAUUGUUGUUGUUUUUCUGGUCAUCAAUCUACACACAAUACCCCAUAAUGACAACGCAAAAACAGGUUUUUAUAAAUUUUUGCAAAUUUAUUACAAAUAAAAAAAAUGGAAAUAUCACAUUUUAAAUAAGAAUUCAGACCCUUUAUUCAGUACUUUGUUGAAGCACCUUUGGCAGCGAUUACAGCUUAGUCUUCUUGGGUAUGACGCUACAAGCUUGAAUAAUUCUAAAAAGAAUAAUGUGCAAAUGUUGUACAAUCCAGGUGUGUAAAGCUCUUAGAGACUUACCCAGAAAGACUCACAGCUGUAAUCACUGCCAAAGGUGAUUCUAACAUGUAUUGACUCAGGGGUGUGAAUACUUAUGUAAAUGAGAUUUCUGUAUUUCAUUUUCAAUACAUUUGCUAAAAUGUCUAAAAACAUGUUUUCACUUUGUCAUUAUAGGGUAUUGUGUGUGGAUGGGUGAGAGAGUUUGCCUUUUUGCCCAACAUUUCAUUUAAGGUGCUCCAAAGCUUUUUACUAUCAUUCUUUAUAUAAUUUAUCUUUUUCAUAGUACAGUUUCCAAUUUUUUGGUUUAGUCACAUGAUUUUUCGAUUUACAGGACGUUUGAUGAUUAGCUGUGCAGCCAGACUUAUUUGCCAUUCCUUUUGCCUCAUCCCUCUUAACCAUACCAUUUUUCAAUUCCUCAUCAAUCCAUGGGGAUUUAAGUUUUUACAGUAAAAUUUGACUCUUAGCUUUCAUUUGAAACCUAUGAACUUCACAUGUUGGUGCUCAUGUUUUUGUUUAGAUGGAAAUGCCCAUUUGUAAAUACUGUACAUAAUGUACUACAACCUUAUGGUUACCACAGCAGUGCUCUGUAUCUGGUAGGGUGUUCUCUGUUCAUUUUGGGACGUUUGACACCAUUCAUACCACGUGGUGUUUACAUAACUCUGUUUGGUGGGGAAAAAAUUACUAGCUAGGUUAUUAUUCAGCUCAAUCUAAACUAAAUAGAUAACAGAAGUUUCAUAUUACAGAAGAACUCUGCAUUGAUCUUAUUUUUAUUAUUUUAGUCAUAUCAUAAGAUCUGCUAUGUUAACAGCUGGAUACUGGCUGUCUGACCACUAAGGGAUGGUUCCUCAGACACAGAUUAAUGCUAGUCCUGGAUUAAAAGGCACUUUCAAUAGAGAUUUUCCAGUGUCUGGGACAGUUAUUUUCGGGAAACCAGCCCUAAGCAUACCUCACUAAGUUACCCUUUUCUCUCUCCCCCUACCAGGUGUUCCCAGAGGGCAGCUGGCUGGUGGCUCUGUGUGCAGGUAUGAUCAGCAGUGUGGUGGUGGUGGCAGCCAUGACACCCUUUGACGUGGUCAGCACACGGCUCUACAACCAACCUGUGGAUCAUACAGGCAAGGUCAGUGGUUUACUUUACAUGGUCCUUCCUGUGUGGCUCAGUUGGUAAGAGCAUGGCGCUAGCAACACCAAGGUCGUGGGUUCUAUUCCCGCAGUGAUCACAUGCACAUACUAAAUAUGUAUGCUGUCACUGUGCUGCCAAGUGGCUCUGAAAAAAACUCUCACAAGGGAAAGGGUGUGUUGAGCAAAAUAUAAAGAUUAACAUUCCUGCAGGUCUACAGUAUUGAUAAAAGGGACCCAAGUGACCCACUGUUGUUUACCACAUGAAUUGUCUUAAUGUAAUUGUACUACUCUCUAACAUGGCUCUGAAUACUGACUGGAUAUCCUCUCAUUUCCAGGGAGAGCUCUAUAAGGGUUUUGGGGACUGCUUCUCGAAGACACUGAAGAAGGAGGGUGUGACAGGGCUCUACAAAGGCCUGGGUGCAUCCUACUUCCGUCUGGGGCCACACACCAUCCUGUCUCUACUGUUCUGGGACGAACUGCGGAAGCUCUGGCAGCAGCGCAGAUAGUAGCCGGCAGGCAGGGCAAGCUCUACUCUGCCAGCAACACAGAUAGUAUCAGGAAAGGGAGACUCAGGCCGUGUUCCAGGCCAUCUGCAAAGCAGUUGCGCUGCAUAAAUUAACCAAUGAUUGCCACGUCAUCUAUACUGCAGUCGGGCAUCAGAAUUAUAUAUUUUUUGUAUAGGUUUUAUUAAUAUUUUUUCUCAAACAAUAACAACCUAC